AUGUAUAAAACACUGGAUUUGCAAGAUUUUGAAAAGACAUUCUCAGCAUAUCAAAGAAAAGGUGGGCAGUUUGAAGAUGAAGAGGAUAAGAACCAAAAUGCCAAGUUGAAAGCAAAAGAAUUGUCUGUUAUUGAUGGUCGUCGUGCACAGAAUUGUACGAUUUUACUAUCAAAGCUGAAAUUAACUAAUGAUGAAUUAGCCACAGCAAUUCUAAAUAUGGAUGAACAGGAAGAUCUUCCAAAGGAUAUGCUGGAGCAGCUGCUGAAAUUUGUCCCCACACCUGAAGAGAGUCAACUAUUGUCAGAACACAACCAUGAGAUAGAUCAAAUGGCUCGAGCCGACAGAUUUCUCUUCGAAAUGGGCAAGUAAGUUCCAUGACAAAUCAGUGUCUUCAGAAAUAUAUA